GGAGCUGAGGGCCACCUGUCUGGUCCAGAGAUAAUGAAAGGUUUGGUGGGAAAGUCCGUCACUGUGGAGUGUCCAUAUGAGGUACGAGCAGGCAGAGAAGUUCUGGUGUAAGACGUUGAACUCUACAUGCUACCCUCUGGUCAGCACUGACAACUCUCAGAAACACAUGAGGAUGUCAAUCAAAGAUGACAGAUCAGGAAGAAAGAUCACUGUGACAAUGCGCUCCCUCAUGAAGGAUGAAACAGGCUGGUAUCAUUGUGGGAUAAAAGCACUCAACUUUGAUGAGUCUCACCCUGUAUAUCUCACUGUGACAGGUGCUGUGGAGAGCUUGGUAGGACCCAAGCUGGUAACUGGAAAGACUGGGAGCUCUGUGAGCAUUGUGUGUCUUUACAGUGAUGAUUACAGAGAUCGCAAAAAGUACUGGUGCAAAGAAGACAUAUUUAGGUGCAGUGAACUGGUCACAACAAACUAUAACUCAGAAAAAGAGAGAAAAUCUAUAAGUGACAAUAAAUCAUCUAAAGAGUUCACUGUGAUAAUGAAGGAACUAAAGAAAGAGGAUGAGGGGCUGUACCAAUGUGGAAUUAAACGUACUUUACUGAGUGAUGGAUCAUUCCUUGAUGAAACUACUUCAGUAUAUGUCCAUGUCAAAGAUGGUUCAGAAUCUCUGUAUGGGCCAUCAUUGGUAACUGGAGUCAUUCAGGAAUUUGUCAUCAUCAAGUGCCACUACAGUUUGCAGUAUACGUGGAAUACAAAGUUCUGGUGCAGUUUCAGUGAAUUGUAUAACUGUUUAACUCUGGUAAAGACAGAUGAAACAAAAAGCAAUGACAGAAUCUCCAUCACAGAUGACAAGACUCAAAGAGUUUUCACAGUUACAAUGACUGGGCUCAGAGAAGAUGACACAGGGCAGUACUACUGUGCUACUGGGACCAGUGAAGAUAGUGCUGAAUAUUUUGGAGUGUAUCUCCAAGUCAAUCAAGGGAAGUUUACUAUGGCACGUACACAGACAUCAAGAAGCAAUGAAAAGUUCCAAACAACAACAUCUGCCAUCCUCAGUACACGUAUUGAAACACAAAUGAUUGUUCGUUCAGUCGCCUCAGGAGCCCUGAUUUUAUUGUCUUCUCUGGCUAUACUCAUUGUAUACAUUAAAGUAGGUAAGACCUCUAAAACACAAAACAAAGAAAGAAAU